UGGCUGUGCUCCAGCUGUGCAAUGGCCACCGGUCUCAGUCUCUUCGUGCAGUACCCCAACCGCGAAGCCGUUUUGCGGGAGCUGCAGCUGCCUCCCUCCCUGGCGGAGCUGCGGAACGCCUUGGAGGUGCUGGAUGACCAGCAACUUCAGUUGCAGCAGAAUGGCAAGUACUGUCAGGUGGAGAGUGUGGAGCAGAUUUACGAUGGUGCAUGCUUGAAAGUCCUGGUGCCCCGACGGCGCAUCUUUGUGUCGAUGGAUGGCCGAGUGAGGCCUGUGGUGUGGUAUCCUGGAGCAACUCCCGAGCAAAUCGAGAACACCGUGGUGAAGGCGUGCGGCCUGGCUCCGGGCUCCUCAGUGGAGUUCCUGGACGGCGACACUGCGGUGGUGAUCUCACCAACGAUUCCCAAUGACACCCACCUGACGGUGGUACCAUUGGGUCAGCGGAAUGGUUCAAGGACAGAGAGGGCCUCGCCAGCGGAGCGGCAGGCUUCGCCUAAGCGUCCCCGACGAGAUGUGUUGAGCAGUCGGCGCGUGACUGUCAGGGCUUCUGCCCCGGCUAGGAACACGCUGCCAAGUCGUGGUGUGGGAACUGCCAGUGGAGGCACUUUGGCUGGCCGUGGCACCUCGCCGGCGCGGGGUGCCGCCUCGCUCGCAUCCUUGAAGACGGGGGUGUCGGCACCGGAGGAGUUGGGGAGACCCAGCGAGGGCGUGGCAUGGGAGGAGUUGCAAAAAUCCAGGCUCUUCCAGCACUGCGUCCACAUCUUGGCGGGUCAUAAUGGCUUCGUGCAGUGCCUCUGCACCGUGGGCGACGUGCUCUUCACGGGCUCCCAGGAUUGUAACAUCAUGAUCUGGGACCUCAACAACUUGCAGUACAUUGGCACGUUGCCGGGCCAUCGCGGAUUUGUGAAGUGCAUGGCAGCCAGCCUGUCGAGGAAGAUGCUGUGCUCUGGUUCUCAGGACAAGACCAUCAAGAUCUGGAGCCUGGAAACCUUUUCCUCCACCAAGACGCUCUACGGCCACACCAGUGAGGUGAACAGCCUGGUUCUCUUUGAAGGUGCGCCCGUUGUGAGUCGAUGGGAUCCGCUGGCAAUUCCCUGGUUGAUGUUUCAAGUAGUUUUUCAGACUUAUCCAUUCCACAUUCCAUUCCUCAUUUGGAUGUUUUUCUAA